AGCUCACUCUUCGCCGCACAAUGGCAAAACAGUUUGGAAUUUGCGCGAGCAAUCUUCAAGGGAGAGAAGAACAGCAUUAAAGGACAUCAACAAAAAGCAAACGACAUGUGAAUUUGUAAGCAAUAAAAUACGAAAAAGCAAUAAAUAGGAACACAAAAAAAUAAGAGGAGAAGAAGCUUAGACUACUCAGAAGUUUCAGCGUGUAAAAUAAGACACUUGUGGAAAGUAUGAAAAGGGAGAGUGAGGGACCGCGCUAACAGCAUGUGGUGCCGCCACAAUGCAUAAAUACACGAACUGGUAGUUGGCAAUGCGUACAAUAUACACAAGUGCACAAGAAUAGAACAUUUGUCGGGAUAAAAAGUAAAUAACUGCUGACUGUUGGUUGCUCAAGCAGCUGUGUGUUUAAGCACAUACCGCGCAUCCACAGUUGGAAUCGUCAGCCGUAUUCAUAAUGGCUGACUUGGAGCGCAUAAGACUGGUCAUACUGGGCGGUGCUGGUGUGGGCAAAAGUUCCAUCAUCAAACGUUUCCUCUUCAAGACCUAUACGGACAAAUAUCGUGCCACGGUCGAGGAUCUCUUUAAUCGGGAAUAUGAUUUGGGCGGCGUCACACUGAAGGUUGAUAUUUUAGACACUUCCGGUGAUAUGCAAUUUCCCGCUAUGCGCCGCCUGUCCAUUGCCACCGCCCACGCUUUCAUGUUGGUCUAUGCGUCCACGUCUGCGUCGAGUUUUCAUUGUGUCAAACAGUGUUUUGAGGAGAUACGUGAGCAGCGUGCCGACUUUCAGGAUAUACCCAUUGUUAUCGCCGGCAAUAAAUCUGAUUUGGCCAAUACACAGCGAGAGGUGCGACUGGAAGAAGUCACGGAUUGGGUCUACUGUGAAUUGCCGCGACUUAGAGCGAAAGUGCUGGAGUGCUCCGCCAAGGAGAAUCAACACGUGAGUGACCUCUUCAAAACUUUGCUCUCACUAUCGCGAUUUCUGCCCGUGGGGAGCAAUAAUGACGGCACAACUGGACUCAAGCGACGCUCUUCGGCAUAUGUUAGCGCAACGUCAAGUAGAAACAAGAAUCGCAAUGCCAGUCCUUGCGUUUCCGGUGAUAAAAAGUCCAGCUUGGUCGAAGCUGUUGAUCCAACCACCAGCAGCGGCGAUGCCAAACUAAAGCCCAGAUCUAGGUCACUCAUACGCCGUGCAUCACGCAAAACCAAACUGCAAAUCAACAACGCGUCCGAUGACUGUAAUUUGCAAUAAAGCAGCGUAAAGAGGAGGUGUGAAAGGCGAAAAUAUGUAUAAUUAUAUAAUAAAUUAUAAGUAAUAAAUCACAGUAGCAAACGAACAACAACAUCAACAAAAACAAGCAACAAUAAGCAGCAAAAAACGCAAAGACAAGCAGAAACUCAAAGCUACAAUUGUCGACAUAAGCAUUAGCGAUUGUGUGUAUAUAUGCGUGCUGGUAUUGGUGUGCAAAUAAGUGGGCAUAGUGUGUGUGUACGUUGUGCGUAUGUUUGAUUGCCUAUAUACAAACGUACUUAUGUACAUAGGUGUGUAUGAGUAAAAGGGCAAUUACUGCGGUUAAAAAGCGACGAAUAAAAGGUUUAAAAAUAUGAAAACAAAUGUUUACAACUUUUAGUAAAAAAGAUAUAUUUAUACGAGCUUAAUGAGGCACAAGUUGUUAUUCAAAUUUAUCAAAUAAUAUUUAAAAUGAUAAGCGUAAUUUUUUUAUAAACUUUUUAUAAAGAUGUAGUAUGUAUGUAACACAUGCGGUUAAAAUAAGAAUAAUUGCAUUGAAACAACAAAAAAUAAAUAGUGUUUUAUGUAAUUAAUUUUGGGUAAAAAUUUUACUUUUUUCAAGUAUAAAGUAUUUACGUUGCGUUAACAUAUAAUAUAUAAAUAUAUUUUAUUUAAAAACUGCAACUGCAUUGCAUUUAUUUCAUUGUUUUCAACAAUUUUAUGUUUUUACUAGCAGAGCAGGCCACGCGUUGCUGUGGCUGAGUGAUUCAAGAAGGAUUUGAAAGACAAAAUUUAACU